UCAACUCUGCACAUUUCCAAGUCCUCUAAUCGCCUGGGCAGGCAAAGCUUCACAAGGUCUUGGCGAAAAGAUGACGAUGGAGUGAUCCCUGUGAUUGAGACCUUUCCUUUUUUACUUCAUCCUCACUCCUUCCCCUUCUGCUGAGGCAGUCACUCAUUCUUCGAUACUUCAUUCCCCUCACUCAUUCUGCGUCGCCGCUUCUCUUGCCACUCGUUUCAAGAGUUGUAGCCGGGAUGGUCGCAAUUACCACAAGCCUGUGCUUGACGGCCGUUGUCACCUUGAGUUGCUUAAGGAGAACUGAAGCUGCUCGAAGAUUCGAUCGACGCAGUGACCUUGACGAUGUGCCUCCUGUGAACGUCUCCACCUCAGGAUGGACAGUACCUCUUCACGGAGGCACGACAUGUGACUUGAAUGGGACUUGUACGGACUCACUUACCGCUCCGCCUGGGAACAAACCCCUUCAAUACCUUGCGGUGGCUCGUGGGGUCUACACCUGGACCUGCACAGGCGGUGGUCCAUCAGAGAAGCCCGUCUUCCAGUCUCAGUCGACUCAACUCUACAACGCGGCACCUCUUGUCACUCAACUUGCCAGCGAGGCUGCCUUCCAUGCAUUGAUUCCACAAUUGUGUGACUACGACUAUGCUCAACUCGAAAACUCGACUCUCGAAUGCAUGGGAACAAUAGGGACAAUCAACAACACGGCAAUCGUCACUCUUUUCGAGAUCGCCACUUUCGCUGCAACCUCGUUCGAAUCAAUAUUGGCUCCAAACGACCCCGAAUACAACGGCCCAUGGGGUCAUUCGAUCAGCCCGAGGAAAUCAUGGGAUGUCUAUCGUGUGGAAGUUGCUGGGGGCGCUCCGCCACUAUGUGGAAGCGAAGAACUUGAAUAUUCGAGUGACUAUGCGGCGGAAUACUGGUUCUUCCAUGCCGGAAGGGAAGACCUAUGGGCGGAUAUCAACGUCAAUAUCACAUCAGGGAGGACAACUGAAGAGAUUUGAGAAACUGGUGGAGAUGAGAGGAGCUACGGGAAAAGCAAUGGGCAUCCGGGACCUUGAGAAACACAAGCAGGAGAUGAAAAGCAAGAUGACGGAUUUCAUCAAGAUGGGUGAAGCAUUCAAGUCUGCAAGA